AUGGAACAUUCACGUGAUAGGGCUACUGGGGGAUCUAUAAAUAGUCCUCCCUGGUUCGAAGGUGGAUGUGAAAAAUACACUCAAUGGAAGAUUUACAUGAAAUCAUACCUCUAUGCUCAAGAUGAACACGUGUGGAACAUCGUAGAAAAUGGCUGGAGUGUACCUAUGACAAAAGCAAAAGAAGAAGGCGCUUCCACUACCACUCCCAAACCAAGGAAGGACUGGACUGAGGAAGAAGUUCGUAACUUGCAAGCAGAUUUCAAAGCGAAGAACAGCAUCUUCACAGCCCUAUCGGAGCGGGAAAAACUGAGGAUAAGUCAUUGUGAGACUGCCAAGCAGGCAUGGGAUCUCCUACAGAUUACAUACGAAGGAAAUAAAAAGGUACGUGCACAGAAACUGCAAGCACUGAUUUUUGAAUUCGAAACCAUGACUAUGGCAGAUGAUGAAACCGUGGAUGACUUCCAUGGUAGAAUUCUUAAAAUCUCCGGUCAGUGUCGCAGUCUAGGAGCACCUUUUGAUGAAGAUAAAAUAGUCAAAAAGAUACUCAGGGCUCUGCCGGAAAAAUUUCACUCAAAGGUUACGAGCAUAGAGGACUCUUUUGAUAUAGAUGAUUAUCCACUUGAUGAGCUCAUCGGAAAUUUGAAAACCUAUGAGAUGAGGUUAAAACCUGAGAAGAAAAACAAGGGCGUAGCCUUCAAAGCAGUGAAAGAAAUUGAAGAGGAAGAAGGAUCACUAGAUCUUGCUCUACUGACGAAGGAAUUCAAAAAAUUUCUCAAAAGCAAGAACUCCUCUAAAAACACGAAUGCUCCCAGAAGGAAUAACUAUAUUGGCAGUGGUAACAACAGUGACUACAAUAGUAAGAAUGGAAGAGGAAACUUCAAAGGAAAUCACUCAGGGAAACCAAAAUGCUAUGAAUGUGGUGGUUUCGGUCACAUUUCUACUGACUGUGGAAAUAGGAAGCUUGGAAACAGCAACAACAAGUCACUCCUUUCAACUUGGAGUGAUGAUGAAUCUCAAGAAAUUGAAAAUGUGGCUCUUGUCUCAUCAUUGUUGCCCGAUUCUGAAAGUGAUGAGUAUUUCUCUGAUGAUGAUGAAACAAAUGUUCGCUGCAAACAACUCUACAAAGCUUCAAAGGCCACUCUGAUUAGAAACUUGAGCUUGGAAAAAGAAGUAGAUUUCCUGAGGACUGAAAAAGAAAAGGUGGAGAAACUAUUCGAAUCCUCACAAUCUGCAUGGAAACUGGAGAAAAGCAAACUCGUGAGUGAAUCGGCAGAUCUACAAGGUGACCAAAAGAUACUGACGUGGAAGACUGAAAAGAAUGAGUAUCUCAACAAGAUCAAACUUCUAGAACUGGAUGUUAAAGGACAAAGAGCCCUGAACUUGGAACUGUUAGCGAAAAAUGAGUCUCUACAACAUGAGUUAAAAUUAACUCAAGAAAGAUUCAUGAAGUUUGAUAUCAGCUCCACUUCCAUGUCCAAGUUACUUGGAUCAGGAAAAGCUCCUCAUGAUACAUGUGGGCUAGGAUACACUGGAGAAGAUUCCAAAAGCACCAAAUUCGUACGUGCCUCAAAACCAUCUGUAGAGCAGAUAGAUGUCUCCCUUGAUGAUCAUGUCAAAAGUGUAAGGGAAGGUAAUUCAAACCAACAUCAUCAGGUAAAACUUGACCAAGAAUCCCCCACUGGUCAACACAGCAAAAUUCAUCAACGCUCUCACAUUGAGGCAACUUGUUUGGUAGCUUUAACUGCAUUUGCUGACAAACGACGAGAUUUUUGGUAUGUUGACAGUGGUUGUUCUAGACACAUGACUGGAGACAAAACCUGGUUUACUUCAUUUGAGGAUGAAAAUACCUCUGGAUCAGUCACGUUUGGAGAUGGGAGGAAAGCUAACAUUCUAGCUCGAGGUACAGUAAACACUCCAGAGAUGUUUGGUCCUAAAUCAGAAAGGUGA